AUGAUGAUUUCCAACGUUUGGUUUCUUGUUCUGGGUUCACUAGCCUUGUCGGACGCUUUUUGCCAUCACCCAUCAAUCCGAAAAGCAUCUGUUACUCAGCUGGCGGUUGUUGAUCUUGAAAAGACAUCUCCGGCAGAGGAAAUGGCCAAUGGAAACAUUCCAAAAACAUUGCGCAUCGAAGGGAAGGGAAUCCCAAAUAGGAAAUCAAAGCUGGAGAUGCUUGAUGCAACAACAUACGAAUCAGAACUGAUCAAAACAUGGGAAACUGAUCCUGAUAGACAAUCUGGUUUUGAUUGGGAAAUCGAGAAGCUUCGACGACUCUUUGCUGGGUUAAGAAUGAGAGAGGAUGGAACUUGGGUUAAGAAGUCAUCGGCUUUCGAUUUCCUGAUUAGCAAACAGAGACUACAGACAUCUGAUGGAUUGAAACCAGUGAAUGUGCUCGAUGUAGCGAUCCUCUUCUCGAUGCAGAUUCUAUCCUCCAUUGGCCUAGGCCCUUUUCUGGGUAUGGAUCCUGUACCCACAGCUAUCAUCCAGAAGUACGAAGGCUCCUUCCUGUCAUUUAUCAAGGGAGUGCUCGGUGGAGAUCUUCAAACUUUGGCUGGAGGACCUCUCUUCCUACUUUUGAACAAGUAUUUCUUGGAAUAUGGCCCAAUCUUCAAUUUGGCUUUCGGCCCAAAAGCAUUCCUAGUUAUCAGUGACCCUGUCAUGGCAAAACACAUCCUGAGAGACCGAACAACAGACCAAUACUGUAAAGGUAUGUUGGCAGAAAUCCUUGAGCCAAUUAUGGGGAAAGGGCUUAUCCCUGCUGAUCCCAUUACAUGGAGAGUGCGACGACGAGCGAUUGUACCAGCUUUUCACAAGAAAUGGCUCAAUAGCAUGGUUGGCCUCUUCAACGCAAGAGCGCAAAUCCUUUCCCGCGAUUUGGAAACCAAGAAUAACCAAGUUGUUGAUAUGGAGGAGCGCUUCUGCUCUGUCACAUUAGACAUAAUCGGAAAGGCAGUCUUCAACUACGAUUUCGGUUCGGUGACAAAAGAGUCUCCAAUUGUCAAGGCAGUGUACCGUGUACUCAGAGAAGCUGAACAUAGAUCGUCCUCUUUCAUCCCAUACUGGAACCUGCCGUAUGCCGAUCAAUGGAUGGGAGGCCAAGUAGAGUUUCGACGAGACAUGACAAUGUUGGAUGAUAUCCUUGCAGAUCUCAUAAACGACGCCGUCGCUACGAGACGAGAAGCAUCUGUCGAAGAGCUCGAGGAAAGAGAAAAUUCGGAUGACCCUUCGCUCCUGCGUUUCCUUGUUGACAUGAGAGGAGAGGACCUAUCAUCAAGCGUCUUAAGAGAUGAUUUGAUGACCAUGCUGAUUGCCGGCCAUGAAACAACUGCAGCUAUGCUGACGUGGACGCUUUUUGAACUUUCGAAUGCUGAACCUGGUAUGCUGAAGGAGGUGCAAAAAGAGGUUCGAACAGUGCUCGCCGACAAGGAAAGCCCUGACUACGAUGAUAUCGUUGCAAUGAAGAAACUUCGGUAUGCAUUAAUUGAAGGCUUGAGGUUAUAUCCUGAACCACCCGUCCUAAUUCGAAGAGCGCGGACUGAGGACUGUUUACCACAAGGUAGCUCGGAUAUCAGAGGCGGAAUCAAAGUUCUUCGAGGAUCUGACAUUUUCAUUUCCACUUGGAAUCUUCACCGUAGCCCCGAUCUCUGGGAAAACCCCGAAAAAUACGAUCCUACACGAUGGGAAAGGCCAUUCAAGAAUGACAAAAUUCCUGAUUGGAAUGGCUACAAUCCAGAUAAAAUAUCUGGACUUUACCCCAAUGAACAAGCCACCGACUUUGCAUUCUUACCAUUUGGUGGUGGGUCAAGAAAAUGCGUUGGGGACCAAUUCGCAAUGAUCGAAGCUGCUUGUACAAUGGCUACUCUUAUGAACAGGUAUGACUUCGAGUUUGAAGGAAGCCCAGACGACGUUGGAAUGCAAACUGGUGCUACAAUUCACACAAUGAAUGGCCUAAGGAUGAGACCAAGGAAGGUUUCGGUGAACGACCCCCUCCCUUCUGCAGAUGGCUGGUGGGAGAAGCAGCACUUGAAACGAGGCCUAAGCGCUAAUGGCAGACCUUUCGAGUCCACCGAGCUCCUCGAAAAUCAACACAUCCCGACACCAGAACGUCCAGAUGACCCUGGAAAUAGAGCAGCUCCUUAG